CAGCUAAGCUCCACAGUUCAGAAGUAGACUUCUCAGUUUCACUUCUAACACUGAAAUCGCGACAAAAGAAAUCCUUACAAAAAAGCCAGAUUGUUACUAUGUAUAAGUGGCGUUUACUACUACUUGCGUCCCUCGCAAUAUUCCAGCCUAUUGAAUCCUUCGCCGAGCGGAGCCUCGUUGAUGGAAGGCAAGAGUGUAGCGAACGCCAACCGCAUACCUUGCAAAGAGAUACACGGCUAUCGGUCUAUGCAAGUGUACACCAUAAGAAACUUGGUUUUGAAGAGCGUCGUGCAAACUACCUCCACGAAUUUUCCAAAUCCGUUAAAACUAAUGCCGAUUUUGAAAAGAACAGUGCGGUUAUAAGACAACCCUUUUCUCGGGAAAGAGAUUCUAGACGCACCAAUUUAUAUUCAAACGAUAUACAAAUUGAACAGCGUCGUACUAGGGAAUCCUCUAUUCGAGAAGAACGCAAACAUUUCGCUAGAAACUCUAGAGAAAAUGGUCGCAACAACCGUGAAGAUAAAUAUUUUAGGUCAUCACGUAUCAUCAGCGAAACAGAUCGAACUGUUUAUGAUAACACCCGAUCAAGAAUUGCCAUUUCUGAUACAUCUCGAAGAAUUAAAGAAAGUGCAGAAAGGCGUAAUUUACUCGAGCAAACAAGAUCUCAGGUAGUAUACAUCAGCUCAUUAAAUGCUCGAAAUAGGCCACAGGAGUCAAGAAAAGGAAUGGAACGCAACUCUGUUUCUCGUUUUGAAUCACGUCUUGAAAGAAGUGAUAAUGACCCUAGAAUGAGCCGUCGACCUCUAGAACGACAAACAACAGAUAAUCGCGAUCACAACCGAGAUAUCACCCGUAAAUACUAUACAGAAUCGCUUAACCGAGAUACCAUUCGAACUGAUGUACGUAACGUAGGAAAUGAGCGUCAAACAAUUACGACUAGAUUGAAUUCGCGACUUUUAAAUAAUGGAAACCAUAGAAUCUGGGAUCAGAAUGAAAUUGAUGUCGACGCCCAGGACAACUUGGUAACAGGCAGAGGUAAUCGUUUUUAUAAUCGAAAGGAAUCCCGGGAACAAAGAGAAGGCACCCAAAUAGAACGGAGAUUAAUACGUGAACGUCAACAUCCCAAUCAACAUGUAAGGCAUUUUGGGGAAAAUAUUAUGGAGUUAGAUGAGUAUAACCAACGUCGCAAUAUUCUAAGGGAAAUUCAAAACAGACGUACUAUAGAUCUAAGAAAUGAUAAUAGGAACUCCAUGCGCAGCAAUCAGCGAGAUUCAGAGGCAAGGAGUGGUCUACGGCUUGUAACAAGGUCUUUUGACCGACAGAUUAGGCAAAAUAACGGCCAACGGGAAAGUAAUCGCUUAGUAAGAGAUACCGAACUAAAUAGACUAAAAAUAAGUGAAGAAUAUCGAGAUAUACGGGAAAACGAGGAUGCAGUUUCCAACAUAAUAAGCAAUACAGAAACAAAAAUAUUCAAAAGUAGGACACCACUAAAUGAAAACAAUGAUCGGCGCUAUUCUGAGAGAAGAGUCGCCAGAGUUACUCGCGAAGACCAAAGGAGAGCUGCUGAUGCAAACAACCGUAUAGAAAAUAAUAGAGACCGAUUUGUAUUUAGAUCCCAGUUCCGUGAAAGCUACGAAAACGCAAUGCCAAUUACUGGACGUCAGAUCAAUUCUCGAAACGAUGUAAGACACGAGCGUAAAAGUGUGAAUCGCAUACGCUAUACGAAUCAAUACGACGAACGUUACCAAAGGGAAGAGCGAUCAUUUAGAGAGGGACUUAGACUAACCUAUGACCCUGUUGUAAGAUCGAUGCGGCUGGCUAGAGAUGAUUCUGGUAGAAUGCAUAGGAACACAUUAAAACGAGAAUCAAUGGUCGGAGACAGUGAUCGUAAUCGUGACAUCAACGUCAACCGACGUGACAUGAAUUAUAGAACAAAGGAUAUUAGCAAUGACCGUGAACUCGAUUCUCGUUUGAUUGAAUCUGCAAGACACCGAGAUUUUGGAUCCUUGAUUCGAAACAAAACAGAUCCUAAAUAUCAAACAUUUGUAUUGAGUUGGCAACAUCUCUUUUAUACAAUGCAAGGCGUUUAUGUCUGCACAAUAAUCAUGCAAAUGCUAUCUGAGAGUAAAUCUAGGGCUAAAAAAGUCAGUUGGUGGAAUCCUGGUUCUUUCAAAAUUCCAGUGAAAGUGGAUUAAGGCAUCACGAUUGCAGUCGAACUACCUAUACUUAUUAUGAUCUAUCUAGAUUUGAUGUUGUAAGUUCUACCACUUUUACCAUGUAAGAUCUUUUAAGCAUUGAUGUUCUGAUCUCGUGUUAAAUAUUAUUAGAUAAUAAUAAAUUGAUGUUAAAAUAUCAA